GUUCCUCUAUAGCAUCUCGUACAUAUCUCAGAAUAUUUUCUCCAUCUUAUAGCAGACUGGGGGGAGAGAGAGAGAGAGAACCCCAUGCAGCUCUUAGUCUAUUGAAUCCGCUCUUAGAGAGAGAAUAGUAAGCGAACACCGUUCAAUGGGCAGUGCAAGCUAAAGCUUUUAGGUUUUGCCCAGAGAAAUGCUCAGCUACUUAAAGCUGCGCGGUGAAAGCUCUCAGGUUUGUCCAGAAAAUCCUCUGAGUUAUUCCGAUUUGGUUAGUGACGCACUUCAUUGAUUCAUUUAAAGUUACAUAGAACUGUGUUAUCGUUGUUGUAGUUAUCUUUUCAUAAGUUUAUUAAGCAAUUGAAACAAGUAAUUUGUGUGCCAUUUGGACUGUUGCACAAUGGAUAGUUACAGAAUACCUAAUCAUGGCCACUUGUUAAUAGAGUAAACAAUUAUAUACUACCAAUUGUAAAAGGGUUUACAAAAAUAUACACUAAUAAAAGAAUCAAUACAAAAGUGAUAAUCACUGUCGGCUUCUCCAAAUGAUUAAUGAAAUUCUUUACAUGUCAAAAUCAAAAAAAUAUGUAUGAAGAUUAAUUAAUACAAUUGGGAACCCUCAUAUGCAUUUGAUCAACAAAAUUGCACAUCAGCAGCAGCAGCAGGAUGUAGAAUUCCUAACUCUUAUAUGCUGCGAUGUUAAUUCAAUCGUGACGACAAUGUAUACACUAUCAUCAUCGUUGUUGUUCGAAAAUUAAUCUAUAAAAUAAAGUAAAAUAAAAUGCUCCUCUUCCUCCACCGCGGAUGGGAUGAGAGGGGUGAAAUGAAGCAGAAGAAGCAGGAUCCACGAUCGAAGUCAUAGCAGUAGGUUAUGAAAUACUGCUGCUUACUCCUUAGUGCUAAUUAACCACUACUAAGUAAUAAUGCUGUGUCCGAGACUUGGGGGGUAGAGUAGAUCCUCCCCAGAAUCAGAAUGGUGUUUGGGUGUCGGAGCCCCAGAUCAUCCCUCUCCCGCAGUUGCAGGAUCCAAGAGGACGACCUCCUCCUCCUCCGCCUCCUCCUGGUGAUGAAAUUUCUCCCGCCGCCAACUCAUCCAUAACUACCCUUGCUCCACCUUUACCUUUACAACCCACCGCCAAACACCAAAUGUCCAAUGACUAAUGAUGGGGCUGCCCAUCUCGUGUACGUCCGUAGAAAGCCCGACCCACCACAUCUACCACCUGCCUCUUCUGACCCGCACCAACCACCCAUACCCGCUCUCGAUUCUGAAUCGCCACCUGGGAAAUCCGUUCAUCAUCAAUACCAGUCUUCUUCUGAAAAUAUUUCUGGCCCUAAUCAAGUCUCUCCUGGGAUUUCAUCUUCCAUGCGCACUCCUCCUGCUCCCACCAAAUUGACUGCUAUUCCUGCCGCUACUCCAAUUACGCAUUGGGAAAAUGAUCCGUCUUGCAAACUAAACAACUCCCUGCACAAGUUGGACCGCUCAGAUCAAAAGGAUUAUAUUGAGAUGCUUCGAUCUCUUUCCUCUGUGGAACUUAGUAAGCAUGCUGUUGAACUGGAGAAGAGGUCAAUUCAGCUUUCCCUGGAAGAAGCAAAAGAGCUUCAACGAGUUCAAGCCCUUGAUGUCUUGGAGAGAUACUCGAAGCACUCGAGAGUGCCCUCGAACCAACAAAACAUGUAAAGACAAUUUAGGUCAAGGGGCACGACCACUGAUGAUCAAGUGAAAGGACGCAGCAGCAUCCCAGACAUGCCGUCCAUAUGCAAAUGUUUCAGAAGAACUGUAGAAAUCCAAGGACAUACUUGACAAGAAUUGCAAAAUUAGAAGUGCAAAGAGUAUGUGAUGGAGGAAUUUGUGUAUCAUGCAUCUUUUUUCUCGUUUGAUGGAGGUAACUUUCCUUGAUCUAUCCGGUAGCACAGAGUCGAGCAUCCAUGGAUGGCCCUACGCGUUGUGGUUUUUGAUGAUACAUACGGUAGGCAUGGCAUGGGAGAGUCCACACAACUUUGGGACAGGUACGGUUAGUAAUAGGUGAAAUUGUUUUAAUUUUUUAAUGAUUUGGUGUACAUUCUCAUG